UUCCAAUUUCAGAGGACCCCGGGUACUAUUACCAAAGACUUGCAAACUCGCUGCAAAGUAGUGGGAAUAACAAAAAAAUCAGUCCGACGAAGCUCUCUCUUUGUCUACCAUUUAUGAGCAACUGCCCAGAUACACCAUUGUCCAUUCACCAUCUACCUUCCGAGCUUAUCAGCCAGAUUUUUGUCAUUGGCCUUCGUGGCUUUGAUGAACCCGAAAGGAAGGUUAUAUAUCUAGUUUCCAUAUCCUCUGGCGCUCACUGGCAUUGAACGAACCACGGCUCUGGUCCGAAGUUCACAUACAUUCUACCUAUUGGACCGGUAAAGAGGAUAGCCAUGACCGCAUGGCAUCGAUGUAUUCUGAGGUGGAAUACGCUUCCUUGUGGCUUCUCAGAUCAAAAAAUGUCCCACUUCAUCUUUCCAUUCGCCUAGAUAGCGACCAGAAAGCGAUCGAACCCCAUGUCAAAAACCUGGUGGUGCCGCAUUAUGAGCACUGUCGAUCACUGGAGCUAUACACGAAUGACCCACUUUUGUGGCUCCCUCUUCCUGAUUCUUUCCCUUGUCUCGAAGAGCUGUUCAUCUAUAUCGGGACCGCGGCGUACUUGUGUCCCGGUGCCACCAUCGAUCUUGGACCACCACUAACCCUGCGUGUUCUGGGUGUUUGCAACUAUUACAGACCCUCUAGACUCCCAACUAUAUACUCGAGAUUUAUUGUCACUGAUCGGCUGAUCAUUUCUCGCCUCAAUUCCAAAACCCGGAAUGCUAUUCUGGAUCAUUGUCACGAUGUGAAGAGCCUCGUGUUGCACCGUAUGCCCCAUGAUGUAUUCCCCCCAGCGUUAUCAUUCCCUGAACUCCGUUCCCUUGACACCAACAUUCUGCACCCAUCUAUUAUUGGAGCUACUCCUAGUCUGAAGCACUUGCUUUUGAGCGGGGAUUCGUAUGACCGUAAUGUUACUUGGACUCGCAACUCCAUAGAGAGCCUCUCUCGCCUCGAAGUACUCGAGAUCAAUUCUCGCGGUAUCACUCCGGGAGAUAUCGGACACGAAUGCCUUGUUCAUUCUGAAGCGCUCAAAGUAAUUCAAGUGCUCCAUUGCGAAAACUCCGGCAAAUUCUUUGAAUCAUUGCUCCCUUCUCAGGCUGACGUGUCAUCAGCCCUUUCUCCUUCGUGUGGUGGACAAGAAUUAAGUCUACAUGCACCACGGAUGCCUUUUCCAGGUUUGAAGCUGCUUAUUAUUGACUGUGCUGAGGAGAGUACCGAGCUGUUGGCGCAAGAACGAUUUUCCGAAUGCGCAAAGCGGGUGCUUCUAGCUCGCCCGAACCUUGUGGUUUGUCGAUGGUGGUGGCAGGGGGUCAAUGGACAUCUCAAAGACCUUGAGGCACUCAUGCUGGGUCGGUUCAUACUCCUGAUCAGCUCAGUUAACAUUGAGAUGGAAGAACUUAUCAAGCGCUACCUCCGCUGACCUCAAUAUUACUCACAGUAUAUUAUACAAUUCAUACAUGUAUGUCAGGAUAUCCAACUUCAGGUCUUUCCUUUUUAGUUUGGUGUUUAUGCGUGGCGUGUGCACUACCACAUCAGAAACUUGUGUGGGUGGAUCACUUUAUUAUUAUUGUUACGUCGGGGACACGCGAAUGAUGGGGGAAAGAUCUCAAAUAACAUUGUAACCGUGCAAGCGGCAUUAGUAAGUAGCUAAGG